CUUGAGCUCACUCAGGACACGUCUGAUACCCUAAGCUUGUUGUCUACGCAGGCAUCUCAGUAGUAUUUGAGGCGCGGCCGCUAACUUCCUUUCGGACAGCAAGUGACAGCGCGACAGUGUCGGUCUCACUAACUGAGGCACUGAUGCGCAUCACUGAUGGAAUAGCCGGUGUGAAGCGACUCAUUUCUACAUCUCUUCAUUGGAGAAACUUUGUGAAUAAAGAAAAUACCUUUUGACUGGAUUGCGACUGAAGUGUGUCCUGUGUGGUGAACUCUUUAGGCCUCAACAUGGGCUGUGUGGGGACCAAACCGGACCCGGAUCCUAUUGGCAAAUCGAUGGGCAAUGAUGACAACCGCAACCUGACGACACAUUAUUCCAAAGACCCCACGACUGGGAAGGAUAGCAGAUUGCCUCCCAAACCAGGGAAUCCUGGAACAGAAACUUCUGAGAACAUUGCCAUAGCUCUGUAUGACUAUGAAGCAAUGCAUGAGGGUGACCUGGGCUUCAAGAAAGGAGACAGACUCAGAAUCCUUCUGGAGUCAGGUGAGUGGUGGAAAGCAGCGUCUCUCAGCAGUGGUCAAGAGGGCUUCAUCCCCAGUAACUAUGUUGCCAAAGAUACUCUGGAAACUGAAGAGUGGUUUUUUAAAGGUGUCAGCAGAAAGGAUGCAGAGAGACAGUUGCUGGCCUCUGGAAACAAGACAGGAUCCUUUAUGAUCAGAGACAGUGAGACCACCCAAGGAAGCUACUCUCUGUCUGUCAAAGACUGCGACCCUCAAUCUGGAGACGCCUGCAAGCAUUAUAAGAUCCGCACACUGGAUAAUGGCGGUUUCUAUAUCUCCCCACGCAUCACCUUCAACACCCUGCAGGAUCUGGUUGCCCACUACAAGAAGCAGAGCGAUGGGCUGUGCCAAUGUCUCACCACUCCCUGUCUGAGUCCCAAACCUCAGAAACCUUGGGAGAAAGAUGCCUGGGAGAUCCCACGCGAGUCCCUGAAACUGGAUAAACGUCUGGGAGCCGGCCAGUUUGGUGAAGUCUGGUUGGCAACAUACAACAAGCACACAAAAGUGGCAGUGAAGACUAUGAAGCCUGGCAGUAUGUCUGUGGAAGCUUUCCUCAUGGAGGCCAACUUAAUGAAAUCCCUCCAGCACGACAAACUGGUCCGUCUCAACGCUGUGGUCACCAAAGAAGAGCCCAUAUACAUCAUUACAGAGUUCAUGGAGAAAGGCAGUUUACUGGACUUUAUUAAAAGCGAUGAAGGGAAUCGUGUCCAGUUGCCCAAGCUGAUUGACUUCUCAGCUCAGAUAGCAGAAGGCAUGGCUUACAUUGAGCAGAGAAACUACAUUCACAGAGACCUUCGUGCUGCCAACAUCCUGGUCAACAAGAGUUUAGUGUGUAAAAUCGCUGAUUUUGGACUGGCCCGUAUCAUAGAGGACAACGAAUACACUGCGAGAGAAGGUGCUAAGUUCCCUAUAAAGUGGACCGCUCCGGAGGCCAUAAACUAUGGUUCCUUCACCAUUAAAUCAGAUGUGUGGUCCUUUGGUAUUCUGCUCACUGAAAUCAACAGCUAUGGUCGCACACCGUACCCAGGUAUGACAAAUCCAGAGGUGAUCCGUGCUCUGGAGAGAGGAUACCGUAUGCAGCGUCUGGACUCCUGCCCUCAGGAGCUCUACGACAUCAUGCUGGAGUGCUGGAAGAACAAGCCGGAGGACAGGCCCACCUUUGAGUACCUGCAGAGUGUACUGGAGGACUUUUACACGGCCACUGAGAGCCAGUAUCAGCAACAGCCUUGAGACACACACACACACACACACUUUGUCAUGACAUCUUGCAUAAAUCCCUCAUAUCAGGAGCUUUCAAAGAAAUGUAGACAUAUAUAUCAUAUCCCUCCCAACCCGUUGACUUUAUACAUAUGUGAAAUGUUAUUGUCUGUUAUUUAAAUGACAUGUAAAUUAAUAUAAUUUCAAAAUCUCAUUGCAGUUUUAUUCCUAUCACGCAGAGCCCUUUGCCUUACUCUGCGUGUUGCACAACAAAAGCUAUAUGAAGUUAUUAUUUUAAUAUAAAACCAUUUUUCUGAUUUAUUUGUAAAAACCUUAUGUCUGAUGUAUUUUAAAACUAUUUGUUUAUGCGUAUUGCCAUUGAGAAUACACAUUAAGGGCAUUCAAAUAUAUUGUAGUUUUGAUUGUUUAUGAGAAGAUUAAUUCUAAAACUUCAACCUACAUUAGGUUUCAAAUAAGUUAUUCUGGAUUAUUAAAUGUAUAGAAAUAUAUUUGUCCAGCAAAAGGAUAUUGAAUCGAUUUUGAAUCAUUGCUCCAAACAUUUUAGAAAAACAUCUAUGCUUAAGGUAGUUAUGAAUAUCUCUUUAGCCCUGAUUUAAAAAGUACAGUUUGAACUUGUAUUAAAGGUCUUUGUGUAUUGUGAUUGUAUGCAUUUGUAAAUUAUGCUUGGUUUUUGAGAUUUUUAGGUUGCUUUGGUACUUUUACAAGCUUGAAGCUAUUCAAUUUAAUGUUUGAUAUGUGUCUUGCUUUCACGUCUUUGGUUUUGUUGAUAUUUGUUUGAACUUUUGUGCAAUAAUAGAAUAGGAAAUGUAACAGUCUUUUAUUUCAUUCGGUUUUCCUGCAAGCGGAUUGAGGCACCUCAUUUGUUGCUUCAUUAACAUUAAUCUCAUUUGUAUAAAAAUAAAAUAAAAAUGAUGCUGAUUAUGCAGAUGAUUUUCAAUAUACUUUACCCUGAUGUAAUGGCUUCUGCAGAGUUCCCCAUAAAAAGGAGCAAAAUGAUCCUGUUGCUAUUUUUGUAUGUUGUUACAAAUACAAUUAGUCCACAAAACAAAUAAAUGUAUUUAAUUUUGA